AUGCCUAAAGCCGUGGAACCAGAGAAGACUGUGCACACUUCUCUCUGCAUUCAUCCCUCAGCAGCACAGCUCCGUUGGUCUUUCUGCUCUCCUCAACUCUGCUUGGAAGAAACAGCCAUGUCUCGGCAGUCAAUCUGUAGAAGCUUUGGAGUUGGAAGCAAAAGGGGAUACAGCUCUUGUUCUGCCAUCGGUGGUGGCUUUGGAGGAAGUGGGGGCAGAACCAGGAUCAGCUAUAGCUCGUUCUCCACAUCCAGGGGAAUUGGAGGCAGCGGACGUUGUGGAGGUUUUAGCAGCAGGAGCCUCCAUAACAUGGGUGGCAGCGGAAGAAUUUCCAUGGGUGGCUCUUAUGGCGGUGGAUACGGAUGUAGAAUUGGUGGCUUUGGUGGAGGCUAUGGAGGAGGAUUUGGCAGCAUUGGAGGAGGUGUCAUUGGUGGAGGAAUAGGCAGCUUUGGUGGUCCUGUGAGAUGUGGUCCUGGGUUCCCUGGAGGCAUCCAACCGGUCCAGGUUGACCCAACCCUCCUGCGGCCGGUCCAUGUUGAUAUUGAUCCUCAGAUCCACCAAGUGAAGUGCCAGGAGAAGGAACAGAUCAAGACUCUUAACAAUCAGUUUGCCUCUUUCAUUGACAAGGUCCGCUUCCUGGAGCAACAGAACAAGGUCCUCUCCACCAAGUGGGAGCUCCUCCAACAGCAAGGCCCUUCAGGGCCAAGGAAGAACCUCGAUGUCAUCUUUGAAAAUUACAUCCAGAACCUGAGGAGGAGGUUGGAGCCUCUCCUGGCACAGAGGGGACAGCUGGAGUCGGAGCUGCAGAACAUGCGGCAAUACGUGGAGGAGUACAAAACCAAGUACGAAGAAGAAAUCAACAGGCGCACCGCUGCUGAGAACGAGUUUGUGGUGCUCAAGAAGGAUGUGGACUGUGCCUACAUGACUAAAGUAGAGCUGGAAGCCAAGGUGGGAGCUCUGACUGAUGAAAUCAACUUCUUGAGGUGUAUGUAUGAGGAGGAACUGGCUCAGAUGCAGACGAUCAGCCGGGACCUGUCCGUGGUGGUGUCCAUGGACAACAAUCGGCACCUGGAUCUGGACAGCAUCAUUGAGGAGGUCAGGCGUCAGUACGAGCAGAUCGCUCAGAACAGCAGAGCUGAAGCUGAGGCUUGGUACCAGAGCCGGUAUGAAGAGCUGCAGAACACUGCUGGAAGACAUGGGGACAGCCUCCGCAACACCAAGAUAGAGAUCCAAGAGUUGACCAGGAACGUCCAGAGGUUGCGGGCUGAGAUUGAGAAUGUGAAGAAGCAGAACCAGCAGUUGCAGGCGGCCAUUGCCGAGGCCGAGGAGCGGGGUGAGAUGGCCCUCAAGGAUGCUAGGAGGAAACUGGAAGAGCUGGAAUGUGCCCUGAGCAAAGACAAGGAGGAGCUGGCUCGCUUGCUGAAGGAGUACCAGGAGCUGCUGAACAUCAAGAUUGCACUGGACGUUGAGAUUGCCAUGUACAGGAAACUGCUGGAGGGAGAGGAGAACAGGCUCUGUGGAGACAACUUGUCCAACGUGAAUGUCUCUGUGGUAGGCAGAACCACCAUUGCUGGAGGCAGAGCUGGUGGCUUUGGAGCCAGCAGUGGCAUGGGAGGGGGAGUAUGUGCGGUCGGAGGAGGAAGCAUCAUUGGAGGCAGCUGUGGAAUGGGAGGAGGAAUACUCAGCGGUGGCUUCUCUUCUGGAAGUGGAAGAAUGUGCACCUCUGGAGGUGGCAACUUCAUCUCAGGGGGUGGAUCCUCCUCUGUGCGGAGGUGUGUCACAACCACAACGGUUAAAUCUUCAGGUGUAAAAUACUGAGUCAUGACCUCAGUCCCUCCAAGGAAAGAAGCAUAUUUUCCUUUCUCCAGCCAGCAGCACAGCCCCUUCCAUCCUGAACCGGUAUCCAGCAAAGAAAUGAACUGUUUCCCUUAUAGCUCAGAACCUCCUUAAAUCAUCCUGCCCAAGGGGAGACUUGCAGCAAAACACCAUCCUGUUGGCAGAGCCCGGCUCCUCUCUGAGCUCCACCAGCCUCCAGGGAUGAAAGAUCUUCCUUGAGGGUACCAGGGACUGCAGAGCUCAUCUGAGCAUCUUUUGCUGCACUUCUUGCUGCUACCCCCGGCUGCUGCACUGGCUGAGGAGGAGCAUGUAUAAAACUGCUCUUUCCUUUCACUUUUUAAGGUCUUUUUUUCAAUGGCCGUGUUUCCCUUGCGACUUCCGCGCGUCCUGCAUGUUACCCACAUGCUUGUUUCAGCUAUAUCAGGAAUUCACGUAAGCAGAAGAAACAUGAUAAUGUCUCAUAGUCAGAUUUAGGAGUGAGAAACAGGUCUCUGGAGAUGUCCACCUUCCCUUGGUGGAGUAAUUUGGCAGCUUUAAUAUUUUAUAGAUCACUUUCCCUCUUCUCCUUCACACCUGACAUAUGUAUGGCCUUAUUGCAAACCUUCUGUUGCGUGAACCCUACUGCAUGGUUGCUUUCUACCAGCACCUCUUUCCUCCAAGUUCUUUCAUUACCAAUAAACUGCAGAGAG